CUAGUUGUUCUUCUAUGACUUCCGCUGCUAUGCGUCAGUUUGAAAGGUUAUGUUUGGUUGCGUUUGUUUCAGAAAAUAUGAUAAAUUGUAAAUUUGUAAAGGGAUUACAAUUGAAGUAGAAGAAUCAGAUAGACUCAUAUAAAAUGGUUAGAGGUCGUGAAAGAAGUAGGAGUAGGUCUCCCGAAAGAAAACGAAGGAGAUCAAGAUCCAGAAGCAAAGACAGAUCAAAGUCUAACCGAUACAGAAGAAGCAGAUCUAGGGAAAGAGAAAGAACAGAUAGAAGAAGUAGAAGUCGUGACAGAAGAAGCAGAUCAAGAGAAAGGGAUAGACGUGAAAGAGAACGACGUUCAUACAGCCGAGAAAGAGAUCGUAGAAGAGGUGACAGCAGAGAUAGAAAGAGGAGAAGGGAUAAAACUCGUAGCAGAUCCCCCGAAAAAAAACCUAAAGCAGAUGACUCUGGUUUACCGUUCGAUCCAACAAAUUUGGACAAAGAAGAAGAGCAGAAAAAGUUGGAAUUGGAAAUGCAGAAACGUAGAGAAAGAAUAGAAAGAUGGAGGGCCGAAAGGAAGAAAAAAGAACAAGAAGCAACGAAGAAAGAGGCACAAAAAGUGGCGGUGCCUCAAGGUACCUCCAAGAAGUGGUCGCUCGAGGACGAUUCCGAAGAUGAAGACAAAGCCGACAAGAAUGAUAAGGAAGAAAAUGAGGAAACUAAAGAGAAGGAAGAAGAGGAGGAAAAACCAGAAACGAAACCAGAAGUCCCUGAAGAAGACGAAGUUGAUCCACUUGACGAAUAUAUGAAAGAGGUCCAGGCUGAGGUGAGAAGCAUAAACCGCUUGCAUGUCAAGAAGCCGAAUAAAUCAGACCCCAACACUGUCAAAAAAGGUAAUCUAGUCAUAGUUACGGGUAUAGCUAAAUCGAAAGUAGACACGAAGAAAGGUGAACUUGUCGAGCAGAAUCAAGACGGUCUAGAAUACUCGUCCGAAGAAGAACAAGAAGAUUUGAAAGAUACCGCAGCUAACAUAGCUAACAAACAAAGGAAGGAUCUGGCUAAAAUCGAUCACAAUAAUAUCAUCUAUAUUCCCUUCAGGAAAAACUUUUAUGUGGAAGUUCCGGAAAUUAGCAAGAUGACUCAGCAGGAAGUGGAUGCUUACAAGGAGGAACUUGAGGGAAUCAGGGUCAAAGGAAAGGGAUGUCCGAAACCAAUAAAAACGUGGGCCCAAUGCGGGGUUUCCACGAAAGAACUGAACAUACUGAGGAAAUUAGGAUUCGAGAAGCCCACUCCGAUCCAGGCCCAAGCGAUACCUGCAAUAAUGUCGGGGAGAGAUCUGAUCGGUAUAGCGAAAACAGGAAGUGGUAAAACUUUGGCGUUCCUUCUCCCCAUGUUCAGGCAUAUAUUGGAUCAACCGCCCCUGGAGGAAACUGAUGGUCCGAUAUCCAUAAUCAUGACGCCCACCAGGGAGUUAUGCAUGCAGAUCGGGAAAGAUAUCAAAAAAUUCACGAAAAGUCUGAAUCUGCACGCCGUGUGCGUCUACGGAGGAACCGGCAUUUCGGAGCAGAUCGCUGAGCUCAAAAGGGGCGCGGAGAUCAUCGUCUGUACCCCCGGUAGGAUGAUCGAUAUGCUGGCCGCCAACAGCGGCAAAGUGACCAAUUUACGAAGGGUCACAUACAUCGUCUUGGACGAGGCGGACAGGAUGUUCGACAUGGGUUUCGAGCCGCAAGUGAUGCGGAUCAUAGACAACGUGAGGCCGGACAGACAGACCGUCAUGUUCAGCGCCACCUUCCCGCGUCAGAUGGAGGCUCUGGCCCGCAGGAUUCUCCAGAAACCCAUCGAGGUGCAGGUGGGCGGUCGGUCGGUGGUCUGCAAGGACGUGGAGCAGAACGUGGUCAUCAUCGAGGAGGAUCAGAAGUUCCUGAAGCUGUUGGAACUGUUGGGGUUGUACCAGGAGCACGGCAGUAUCAUCGUCUUCGUUGAUAAGCAAGAGAAUGCGGACAUCCUGUUGAAGGAGCUCAUGAAGAUGGCGUACAACUGUCUGAGUCUGCACGGAGGUAUCGACCAGUUCGACAGGGACUCCACGAUAAUCGACUUCAAGUCUGGUAAAGUGAAGCUUCUCAUCGCGACCUCAGUCGCGGCCAGAGGAUUGGACGUGAAACAUCUGAUCCUAGUGAUAAAUUACGACUGCCCGAACCACUACGAAGACUACGUCCAUCGAUGCGGCAGGACGGGCAGGGCGGGCAACAAGGGAUUCGCCUACACCUUCAUAACGCCCGAACAGUCCAGAUACGCGGGCGACAUCAUAAGGGCCUUCGAAUUGGCGUCGGUGACCGUGCCCGAGCAACUCAGGAACCUAUGGGAGAGUUACAAGACGAAGCAGGAAUCCGAAGGUAAAAAGGUGCACACCGGGGGUGGUUUCAGCGGGAAAGGCUUCAAAUUCGACGAAAACGAGGCUGCUGCCGUCAAUGAAAAGAAGAAGUUCCAGAAGGCGGCCCUGGGUUUGGUGGAUUCGGACGAUGAGGACUUGGAGCACGACAUCGACCAACAGAUCGAGAGCAUGUUCGCGACCAAACGGACGGUGAAGGAGAUCAAAGCGCCUUUAGGCAUCGUGAACCCAGCGAUGGGCGGAGUGAGCACGGCGGUAGACAAGCUGGAGUUGGCCAAGAGAUUGGCGUCGAAGAUCAACUUCACCAAGACCACGCCGCCGGACGCCAAAUUCGCCACGCAGGAAGCCGCCGCUUCUAUACUCAAGGGUAGCAGUAACACCCUAUCAAUCACCGCCAAGACUGUGGCGGAGCAGUUGGCCGCCAAGCUCAACACCAAGUUGAAUUACCAGCCGAAGGACGACGACGAGAGGGACGCCGAAGACGCGGAACAGACCUUCAGGAAGUACGAGGAAGAGCUGGAGAUCAACGAUUUUCCGCAACAGGCCAGGUGGAGGGUCACUUCGAAGGAAGCGUUGGCUCAAAUCUCGGAGUAUUCGGAAGCUGGAAUUACUGUUCGAGGUACUUACGUGCCCACCGGUAAACAACCCCCGGAGGGCGAGAGGAAAUUGUACCUGGCCAUCGAGAGUACCUCGGAUAUGGCGGUGGCUAAGGCCAAAUCCGAAAUUACGCGUCUGAUCAAGGAGGAACUACUCAAACUGCAGACUUCCGGUCACCACACGUUCAACAAGGCCCGAUACAAGGUUAUUUAGUCGUGGUAGGAACGUGAGGAUUACGAAGAAUGAUUUGGUUGGCACAACUGUUUUGUUGAUGAAUGAAUAUUUGAUUACCGGGGAAUUUAUCGGUUCAUGUGCUGUUUUAUUGUGGUUCUGUGAACUUUGAUACGAUAGUGUACAUAUAUGAUGUAUUUUAAAUGAGUAUUUGUAUGAAGACAAAGGUAAUAAACAAUCAACGAGUA